AUGGAUGUUUGGAGGCGACAGAAUGGCGAGAGUGGGACUGAUAAGUUUCUCGACUUGAUUGCGGAUCCGUUCCAAGGCGAAAUCCAAGAGAACUCGAUUUACGCCGCUAUUGUCUAUUCCUUCGUUAUUUCCGGUCUGCUGGUCGUGGUGUUCUGCUUCCUUCGACCCCGCAACUCGCGAGUUUACGCGCCACGAGCGAAACAUGCCGAUGAGAAACACCGACCGAAGCCUUUGGACAAGAAGCCAUUAAGUUGGUUGUCUGCGGUUAGGGAUGUGAAAGAGCAGGAGUUGGUGGACACCAUUGGUCUGGAUGCGGUCGUGUUUCUACGGUUCCUUCGAAUGCUCCGGAACAUCUUCAUCGUGUUGACGGCUGUUGGUUGUGGCAUCCUGAUACCGGUCAAUGUUGUGGGGGGUUCGCCGCUGUACAAGCAGUGGAAGGAGAUACCGACAUUGAUGAAGUUCACACCGCAGUAUAUCUUUGGAAGGAAGUUUUGGGCGUACGUUGUGGUGGCGUAUAUCAUCCAGGGGACUGUUUGCUUCUUCCUUUGGUGGAACUACAGGGCCGUUCUGAAGCUUAGGCGCGCGUAUUUCAAUACCCAGGAAUACAAGUCCAGUUUGCAUUCGCGAACGCUACUACUAACACACGUUCCCGAAUCAUCGCGGACCGACGCUGGGCUUGUCGAGCUUGUCGAACAGGCGAAGCCUAUCGAUAGUAUACCCCGGACAGUUAUUGGACGCAAUGUCAAGGAUUUGCCCAAGCUAAUUGAGGCGCAUGAUGAUGCUGUCCGCCUGCUCGAGAAGCAUUUGGCUGAGUACCUAAGUAACCCGAAUAAGCUACCCGCCAAGCGCCCGACGUGCAAGGCUAUGAAAGACGAUCAGGCAGUCCAUGGCAAAGGAAAACUAGAUGCGAUCGAUUACCUCACGGACCGAAUAUCCAGGCUGGAGACGACGAUCAAGGAAGUGCGGGAGGGUGUCGAUAUGCGAAACCCGAUGCCAUAUGGAUUCGCAUCCUACGCACACAUCGAGGAUGCGCAUGCAGUUGCGUAUGCGACGAAGAAGAAGGGCCCCGCUGGCUGCGAUGUUUACCUUGCGCCCAAACCCCACGACCUGCUCUGGCAGAAUCUCCCGAUGACACGGAGAACUCGCAGGAUACGUGCCUUCUGGGACGGUCUUUGGGUUGUCUUGUUCACCAUCGCCUUUGUCGUGCCCAACAUCUUGACUUCGGUUUUCCUGUCAGACUUCUCCCACUUGGGACUCGUUUGGCCAGCGUUCAUGACGAAUCUCCAAGCUCAUCCCACUGGCUGGGCGAUUGCGCAGGGUAUCUUGGCUCCUUUGGUACAAACUCUAAUGUAUAUGGGAGUACCCGUGGUGUUUCGACGACUGUUCACGCACUCUGGAGAUGUAUCGAAGACAUCCAGAGAACGCCAUGUCACUGCUCGCCUCUAUUCUUUCUUUGUGUUCAACAACCUCCUUGUCUUUUCCGUAUUCGGUUCGGCCUGGCGGUUCGUGGCUGCGGUCAUUGCUGCCCAGGAUCAAGGCGUGUGGGAGGCCAUCCAGGACGGUCAUCUGUUCACCAAGGUUAUGACUGGCUUGUGUAAUGUGUCUACAUUCUGGCUUACCUGGCAAAUGCAACGCAACCUCGGUGCUGCUAUCGAUCUCUCACAAGCUUGGAUAUUCGCUUGGUCCUGGAUUCAGCGUACCUUCUUCUCACCAACUCCGCGGGAGCUCAUCGAACUCAGUGCACCGCAACCAUUCCCGUAUGCCGACUACUACAACAACUACCUCUUCGUAUCGACGGUUGGUCUCUGCAUGGGCACACUACAGCCUAUCAUCUUCCCGGUGACAGCCUUUUAUAUUGCCAUGGAUUCCGUCUUCAAGAAGUAUCUGCUUCAGUACGUUUUCAUCACCAAAACCGAGUCGGGCGGUAGAUUCUGGAAGCUCCUGGUCAAUCGCAUGCUUUUCGCGGUUUGUUUCGCAAACGCGGUCAUCGCGUUGGUUGUUGGAGCAAACGGUGUCGGGUCGAUCGAUUUCGACAAUGUUCAAGUGAGGACUGGUAACAUGCUCUACGCAAUGAUUCCAUUGCCGUUCUUACUAUUCGGCUUCAAGUGGUACUGCAGGCGAGCUUUCGACGACAAACUGCUGUAUUACUCAACGCUCCCCUAUUCCGAUGUCGAAGGCUCUCAUUCCGUGGAUCACCCGAAAUCAAAGAAGAGCACCAAGGUCUCGUCCCGCUAUGGUCAUCCCGCGCUCUACAAGAAGCUGCUUACGCCAAUGGUCCACGCAAAGUCUCAGCACCUCCUGAAAGAGGUAUACGGGCACCGUUCAAAUGCUGAUCGUGACAUCUUCGAUGCACCUCACCGCCGUUCGACCGACCGUGCCAUGCCAUCCACACCAGGCUACGAUCGAUUCGGCGACUACUUCAUGACCGAAAUGGACACUCACCAGCCAGGCAAGCAUGCGACUGGUGGAACGGAGAUGCCGCACAUGGAAGUGGUCACCGAGUCAGAGCUCGACUUUGAGAACUUCAAGAAGCGUGCGGAGUUCCGUGAGCAAUUUGGAGGUGACGGGGAGCUAUACGGCCGACCCGAGGACAUGUCAAGGCCUGGCACACCAUCUACGUUCACAACGCUCACCGAAAUGGGUCCGUAUGGACGCCGGGACUCACCGUCAGGGUCGAGGGCGUCAAGUCGAACAAGACUAGGAGAUAAGGAGGAGCUAGAACAGGGGACAACAUACGCUAAGGGAUACCAGAAGACGCCGCGACCUGAGGAAGGCUUCGAAGAAGUUGGCAUCGAUGUCGACAUUCCGGCGACGCCGUUUGAUGCUGACGCCGUACUGCACGGUACGACUAGCCGCCAGCCACUUGUCAGUGCGGACGAAAGGGAUGGUGGCGUGGAAUAUUUCAACCGUGGACCUCAAGACGAGGAUACGAGUUAUGAGCGCUUUAGACAUGUUGGAUGA